AUGGAUUACUUUCGCUCAGUAAACAUCAAUAACAUGGCUGAUUCAAUGAAGAAAUUCGGUGCCCAAACGGCAACUUUCUUCUCAAGGGCGAAACAGGUUUGUUACCUUAUACGCCAAGGUGUCUUAACAUAGAGUCAUUUUUUUUCAACGAAUCUUUUAUUUGUUAGUACACAGAGGAACAACUGGGGACAUCAGAGAAAACUGUUUUUGAUGCCAGGUUUGAGUCGCUUGUGGAGAAGGCUGAUCGUACCAAAUAUUGGACAGAACGAUUGUUACGACAAACAGAAGCCUUGCUUCAGCCGAAUCCAGGUUUGUUUUGCAUGACUUUUUCUUGGUUCAGGUGAAAGUCGUAACAUAUUUUUGCAACUGUUAAAGCGGGCAAGGCAUUUUCUUUGGGACUCAAUAUUUCCAAGAAUAAAACCUCUUCAUAAGUUUUACAGGCUUAGCUUCGUGGCGUCGAUAAUCGUCUCAUGAAUAUAUUCAUGUGAUAAAAACUUUAUGUGGCAGAUACCACUAGGCAAUUUACCGUUGUCUAAGUGAUUUUAGGGAAUUUCCUCCAGGGUCACUGUGUUAAAACCCUCGUGAGAUUAAUUGAAGUUAAAUAUUUUCAAGGGAAAAUUUUUUAAAACCAAGGAUGGUGAUUCUGAUAUUAUUUUAAUAACUUCAUUGGUAAUUUAGAAGUGGAAAUGGGCUAUUAUUUUAAUUCCGAACAAGCAUAAAAUUGUGUGUGCAUUUUGACGACAUGCCACAUUCGGAUAACUUGCAGUCUAAUAUUCUGAGAAAUAGAAAGUGAAAACCGGAAGUCGAAAUUUAGCCUUCACGUCAACAAAUCUAAGAUCAGUUUCUUUUUUUGGUCGGGGCACGGGGGUGGGGGAGGAGGAGGGCCUUUGAAAUUCAGCUCCCUGAGCUAAAUUUUUUUUCAUCUGUAGCAAAAUGUAAAGUGAUUCUAGUAAUCUGGAUGAUGUAUAAAGGUUGUGUAUCAAGAUCAUUUGACAUAUUAUUGCACCAAAAAAAUGCAACUGAAUUUUUGUCUAGCAGUUACAGUCUGAAUGUUAUUUACAUGUAAAGCAAAAAAUCAAUAAAAUUUGUCAUUAUUCUAGAAUGUUUCAUGUACAUGUAUAACAUCAUUAGAAAAAAUAUCAACAUUUCAAUGCAAAGAUUAAACACCUUAAUAUAAAGAAUAGGAAAAAUCCAUAAAAAAUGAAGAGCAACAAUGAUUUUUAAGCAAGGCAUGUUUUGAUCGAUCUUUGAUAAUUUUCAGUUGUUAAUGGUAAUUUAACUUUUAAAAUAACAAUGGUGAUGGGUAUCUGAGUUGUCAAUGGCAUUUAAGAACUUAUGAGUAAAAUUUAUUAGUAAGCGCAAAAUAUCAAUAUUCUGCAUACAAGGGAAAACAUUAUUCAAAGAAAAUCUAGUAAACCUACUCUGUUUACAAUGUAAAUGUUAAAAUCUGUCCAAAUGUUUAAUUUGCAUAAAAAGUAUUUAAAACAUUAAGGUUAUUUGGUUCUCUUUUUGUGUUUUUGUGGAAAGCUUGAUGUUGCACACUCACUAAUACAACAUGUAACAUUAAUAUAAAAAGUUUAAUAAUUACGAGUUAACUUCAGGUCAAUUCACAUAUCACCGUUUAAUGCAAUAAUAUUUCAAACCUCUGAAGAUGAUCAAAAAUCAAUCAAAACAUGUUUUGCUAAAAAAUCAAAGUUGUUGUUUACUAUUAUCAGAUUCUUGAUUCUUCUGCUAUUAUGAAAACCAUUUAAUAUUAAUUUUAAUUUGUAUAAUGUGCAAUUACUGUAUCAAUAUAAAAAUUUUCAAUCGUGCAUAAAAAAUUUAUAAAUUUAUUUUGAAAUUUAUAAUUGGCAAGCUAUCAAAAAGUGUUUUUGACCAUUUAGAGUAAGAAAGGUUGUGUUUGACUUAUGAAAAACAAAAUUUCAGUGUUAAAUCAUCUACAUGUAUUGUGGUCUUGUAUUGUGAACGAAAAUGUGUGAGAUUAGAUAUGACUUAACAAAGAUGCUAUGAUCAGGUUGAUAAACAUCAAGUAAGGCUCUGUGCCUCCCAAUGAUUUUGACAAUUAAAAGAUCAAAACUCAAAAGUUUUGCUUCUAUUAAAGUGAAAGGAUUUUGAUCCCACUUCAAAGUGGAUCAAUACAGUGCUUUGCCUCAGUUGUAGCGGUCUUGUUUCCAGGUAGAUAAAAGUUAUCAGGGAAAAAUGACAUGAAUGAAACAAUUUAUAUUAGAUAUUUUUUUAACCAAUUUUAACAGGACUGUUUGAAUCUGUUCCAGCAAAAUUGUGACUCUGGUUCUUUUUGCCUGAAGCCCUUUACUGUCUGUUUGUUUCAUUAUUUAUUGUUUGUUUAUUUUCGGUUGUGGUUUCUUCAACCAGUCAGAUUGUGGUGGAAUAUUUUGAUAUAAAUUAUAAAUAUUGAUGAAUUAUAAAGUAACCUGAAUUGCCAAAUUUUCUCUGCCUUGUAGAUCUCAUUGAAAUUUUGUAUUCACAUAUGCUGAAUCUAAUGCAAAUGAGUGAGAACAGUAGAUUUUCCUUGUAGGCAUUAAAUUAUCUGGUACAUGUGAAAUGUGUGGUUUGAAGCAGGCCUAGAAAUAAAGAUUCUUUAUUUUUUGCUGGUGCUUGCUAAGGCUUUGUAUUAAUUUUGAAUUAAUUUAUCAAAUCCUCAUAUUAUUUAAACUAGCUCUCAUACUCAAAUUCUGCUCACGUGAAAUCUCUCAGAAAAUCAAUCAUGAUUGUAUAAAGUAAUUGAAUGGAAACCUGUGAAAAGAUACUUUUUUGUCUUCUCAUGUUGAGAAUACCUUACAUACAGUGUAUACAAUUCCCUUUACUCACAUUUUUAUAAUCACAUUGUCAAUGCUCAAAGAAAAAUUCUGUCUAUGUGCAGGGUGCAAAGAAAGUCAGUUUUACAGCCUGCCAUUCGGGCAAACUGUAGCUAGCAUGUACUAGCCACAAGUCAUUUCAACUAGCCCAAACCCUUUUUGAUUAGCAGGAUUGAUUACAAUCCUUCUGUAAUUUGAAUUUCCCCAAAACAACGGCGCUUGCCCAUCUGCAAGUUAAGAACAAAAAUCACUAGCCCCACAGGCUAUCGGACAUGACUUUCUUUGCACGCUGUCUGUGUGUGGUCAUGUUGUAUAUUUCGCUGUGUCUAUUUAUAAUGUAGGCAUGAGAGCUGAAGAAUUUGUAUAUGAGAAGUUGGACAAACCAAAACCCCCUCGACUGACAGAGAGUGAAACACUUGGCCAAUCCAUGAUUGAGGCUGGGAAUGACUUUGGUCCUGGAACCAAUUAUGGUGAGAUAUAUAGAUUACAAUGUAACACACUUUUCAAAAUACCUCUAACAGUACAGCUGUAAUAAAUUGAGCCCAUUUACAUGUACUUAGACUUUCUGAAAGUCCUUCGGUUGUGGUAGUUGGGUUUUAUCCAAUCAUGAACGGUUUUACUGAUGGACCGUCAAUCAAACCCAAUCACACCACAUUAAACGUGACUUGAACUGUUUUGAUCCAGAGUCAAUUGAACUGUGUAUUUUUUGUGAGCAGUAUUUCGAUUUCAUUUUAUUGCCUGUAUUCAAAUACAAAGCUUUAGGUGGGUGUUUUAUCUUCCUCCAUUUGAGUACUUUACCAAGGCUGGAUUUUCCUGGCAGCGAUGGAGCAGAAAAAAAGAUUACCAACAUUUUGUUUUGAGUGCGCACACUACAAAGUUUUUUUUUUAUGUUUUCUUUCAUGGUGCAUGCAAACCUUGCAACAAUUCUGUAUUUACUUGAACUCGACUGAAUAAUAAUGAAGGGCCAGGCCCAAAAACAUCUGGAGAUUAAACUCACAAAUAUCACAAGAAGGCACUUUUGUUCAUUACCCUAUUUUUUUAUUGACCAUUCCUUUAAUACUUUAUUUACGUUCUCUUAUCGGAAUUUUGUUUCCGUUUUAACAUACUUUGACAGCUCGUGAUGACAUGUGACAGGAACGCAAAUAGUUCGCACCAAAAUUACGUCACUUGAUCUGAUUUUUGCAGUGGAAACAAGUCAAGCUCUCACUCUCUCGCUCGCUUUUGCAGCAGAAAACAUAAAAAAUCUGCCACUGGCGUUUCACGCUCGUGAAAAAAUUUGAGCUCAACUUGUAGUCAAGUCUGACGUAUUGUUAUGAUUAUGAGCUACGGCAUAUGGUAAACAUUAUUAAUGUAAUUUGGGUAUGUGUACUUGUAUUUCCAGUGGUAUACAUAUGUACUUUGUGAACCUUAUGUAAUUUUCUAUGUCUGCCAUAUUACUGUUCACACCUAGAAAUAGUGUUUGUCUGGGCUUCAAUAUUGAGAAGCAGUUCCAUACAUUCCAACUAUCAGUAUUUAUUUUUUUUUUUUUACACCUUAGGAAGUGCAUUAGUAAAGUGUGGCGAAGCAGAAAAGAAGAUUGGUCAAGCGGGAAGAGAGUUAAAAGACAAGUCCAUGACAAACUUUCUUCACCAGCUAAAGACAUUUUUGGAAGGAGAUAUGAAAACAAUUGCUGUAAGCCCAUUGACAUUCUACAUUUGUACAGUAGUGUAAUUUUAUAAUGACUACACUAAUACGUUAAUUCUGUAGUGUUACUACUGAAAUUCUACCCUUACCUUUAGAGAAAGUCUUUUAAACAUAAAAGGUGAGGUCAUACAUAAUUAUGUGUCAUCAUCAUCAUCAUCAUCAUCAUCAUCAUCAUCAUCAUUCAUCCACUCAAACUCAGUAUUUUAUAAUGGGGCCCUAAUACCUUAUAUUCUGUAGUGUGGCUACUGAAAUUCUAUUCCCAUUUUUGAUAUUUUAGAAAGUCUUUUAAACAUAAAAGGUUAGGUCAUAAAUAAUUAUGUGUCAUCAUCAUCAUCAUCAUCAUUCCCUCAUUGGGACUUGUCCACUCAAACUCAGGAUUUUGUGAGAUGGGCCCUAAAUCUGAUAAAUAACCAAAAUGGGAAUCGGUUAUUUUUUCCUGUGUACUGCACUGUAUGUACUUUUUUUCAGCCUGGCAAAAUGGCUGUACAUUUUCCUUUAAAAAACCCUUGUUAAUGCAGUCAUCUAUUAAUAAAAGCCAUCGGCCACAUUACCAAACAGUAGAAUCUUUUAUAAAGAGAACAGUUGUUCAAGAAUUACCAGUCCAUUGUAUGGUGUAUUUGUGAUUACCACCCUUAAGCAAUGAAAUUUGAUCCUGCCCAGCUGUAAUACGGCCACCCUUUUGAUACAGCCAAUUUUUUUUUUUUGACCAUUGGUGAUCAUAUUAUUGGGUUUCCACUGUACACGUAUAUGCAUGGUCAUAGCAUGUUUUCAUAUACUGUAUUAAAUUGAAGAUGGCUUAUUACAUGUAGUUUUAUGAUCUGUGUUUAGAGAGAACGAAGGACGCUGUUGGCAAAACGAUUAGACUUGGAUGCAUGUAAAACCAAAGUACGAAAGGCUCAGAGCCCGGAAAAGAUACAACAGGUAAAAACGGUGUAUUUAGACAGCAGGCAGUCUCUCUUUUGCUCGAAAAUCUGUUUGCGAGAGUAUUUGAGUAUUUGAGUUGUGAGGGCGUGAGUUGAGAAGGUGCAAAUACUUCGCUUGUAUUUGCACUUUCUCAACUCAUGUUGUCGCAACUCGCACGACUUCGCUGUUUGAAUACUAUCGCUUACAGAUUUUUGAGCAAAAGAGAGACUACUCGCAGUCUAUGGUGUAUUGUAUAUCGCCCUAACUACAAGAAGAUGACCAAAAUUAGUGUCACCUUUGAGACUAAAUGAGCAUCAACACAUAUUGGACACUGUCAUUUUCAUUACAUAUAAUUCCCAAUAGUUUAGUCCUAAACAUUAUUGUUUUUCUUUUAAAGAUAAACAUUACACAAGCAUUCAUAACAUGAUGAGUUCUUAAUAUCUGAACAGGUCACAUUCAAAUGCUUGACAAAAGGUCUCUUUCUUCCUGAUGACAAAGCGGAAAAGGUGACAUUUUGUAACUGUUGUUCUUUCACUUGGCACCUGUGGGGUGGCUCUUUCCACCUUAAACUUGUUUUGCUUUAAUUUGCUUUCUUGCAAGUUUUUCACUUGUUAUGAGCAACUGUGGUUUACAUUUAGAUUGCUUAAUGUGAUAUUUUUUAAUAACAUACCUGACCAAUGCAUUUAUUUAUGUGAGUAAAGUGAAAUGAAAUGAAGCUGUCAAAUGACCCUUAUCUUUCCUUUUUUGAUGCAAAACAAUAUUAUUAUGAAAACAAGCAUGUGACACCUAGUUAAAUCUAGUUGAUUUAAGACAAAGCUAAAAUAAUGCAUUAUUAUAAUAUUUUCUUAAGUUUUCAUUUUUAAGUUUUUUAUAGAUUUUUUUUCACAGUGACGUUUUGUGAAAAUAGUUUUUAUGAAUUGGUUUUUACACUCAAGAUAAACAAAAAGUUAAAUUUUUUUCAGUCCCAUCAAGUUCAUUUCCAGAUUUUUGAACAAUGAGAAAAAAUGUUUUGCUGUAUUGACUUUCAUGAUAUACUGGUAUCAUAUCAAAAUAAUUUAAAUUCUUUGUUUUUUUUUUAUUAAAUGCUGGAAGAAAGAUUUUAAUGGUUACUUUUGAAGUUAAGACAUUGCCUCAGAUAAUACUUUAACUGGCUGACAACUCAAACCACAAUACAGCUCUAAACAUAUUAAAUAUAAUGAUAUUUAUCCAACCUUAUUUCUUGCACUUAUUGCUGCUUUGCUGACCAACAGUAACAUUCAUUUAACUUGUUAAAGCUUAUGCAAUGUCUUUUAAAGUGAGUUCUUUCCUUCAAAACUGUCUUUAUAUUCCUGUAUAAAUCCUCUAAACUGUAGAUGUAUUCUUCACGGAACUUGGUUGUAAUCACUGAGUUGGAUAAGGUGAGUAUUCUUGAAGUAAGAUCCUUUGCCUUCUAUUCUUCAGUGCUGUCAAUGCUCUUUUUCUUAUUUCAGCUCUUUCCUCAUGCUUAAUCAAACAUCUCUUGACUGGUGUGUCAGUAAUUCUAAAAUCCUCAUAGGCUCCCGUGUGUAAUUUGAUACCCAGAAGGAUCAAGUAGAAAAGCGAAUGAUCCUUGUAAGAGCCCAGUAGCAGUUUAAUAAGAGAUGGGUGACCUCUUGUCUUCCCUCACAUUUAAUUCAGUAAGGAAGAAAAAAGUUCCGUGUUGAAUGACUGUAACUGUUUUCUUGUUUAAAAUGGUACAUGUAUUCACAGGUACUAAAAUUUUAAUGUAAACAACUGUACAUUGGACUAGGACUACAGUGUCAGAAAGGGGGGUCCUGCAUGUAGUAACUACAUAUAUUCAAAGACAAGACAGCAACAUUGUUGGCCUGCGUAGCUGGCAGGAUUCUUGUGGGUACUUUAACAGCACUCCCACACUAAACCCGCCAGCUAUUGUGGGCUACAACAUUGUUUAUGGGUUCAUUUAAUACACAAUGAAAAGGUAGUCAACUUAGAAACUUACUGUUACAUGUCGGUUCUGUUCACACACAAACAAUCAUGUUGUACAGUGCUUGCAGUGGGGAAUUUUCUAAUCUUCAUGUAUCAUUUUGUUAUUUUCCUAGGCUGAAGCAGAUUUGCGAGUGUGUCAAGCAGAGUUUGACAGGCAAUAUGAAGUUACAAAACUUCUGUUGGACGGAAUUAGCACCGCACAUGUGAGUACUGUAGGCAUUUUUCAUUGGAACGUAUAAUUAUUUCCUAUAAUGCUAGUGUGGCUAAAUAAUAAUGUACUCUUAACUUGUCGACACCUCAACCAUUAAUCGUCAUGUACAAGGAAAGAGUUAAGAAGAAAGUACAUAGAGCAUGAACUCCUUGUACAAGCAAAGGUAACCUGAGGUCAGCCUCUAGUUUCUUCUUGCUUGAUAGAUAUAAUUCCACCAGUCCAAUUUUAGUGUGACAACAUAAUGGAGAGAAUUCAUGAGAAUUCAUGAAAUCUGGCCUGAUAUCAGGGUUUGUAAUACACUGUUAGUGAAGCUCCAUGUGCGCAAGCCGAGCCACAUAGCUAAGAAAAUUUGGUUGUCUGUUCAUCUGAGAAAUUUUGGUCAUAUUAGGUGACCAUAGGUCCUUCCUUCGGACUGUCUGUCUGUCCACCCAUCUGUUCCCAACACAGGGACCCCAAUAUAGCUACUGUAGCUAGUGAGGCAGCCUGCAACCUCAUUUUGCACAUCCAUGUUGUGGUCAAUUGACAGCUGUCAAAACAGCUGACUGGUAUCGCAUGACCAUAUCGCAGGCUUAGGUGUUGACCCAUCGAGGUUCAAGUUUUUUUUUAGGUGCUCCACUGAAAAGUAAAUUUUUCAACUCAUCCCAGGUUCAACUCCAAGUGGGUUCUUUGCGAUGGUAAAAAGUUUAUUGUUUAAAGUAAAUUAUAAAUUCAUGAACAGGAGCUUUACUUUUAGCCUUGGGUUAAUCAAAAUAUUACAUUGUGCUGAAAAGGCUUCUCAGGGAACAAGUGAACAAGUUAAUGAUUGCUGUAUGAUUGUUUUGUUUUCAGGCCAAUCACCACCGUGCUCUUAUGAACUUUGUGGAAGCUCAGGCACAGUAUUAUGCCCAGUGCCAUUCAUACAUGACAGAGCUACAAAAACAACUUGCAAGGUACCCAUCCAGUUAGCUAAAUCCAAAAGUUUGGCUUCAGUUUGUGAGUUAUAUUGUAUAUAAAUGCCAUUCCCUUGUUUUACCAACAGUGCGUUCAAAAGGUUUUAAACGUGAGAUAAAAGCUUGCUGUUUCUCAUAUUUGUGUUCCUUCCUCUCUUGCUGUCUUAAUUUCUGAAUUAUUUCCACCUUUGUUCAUCGGUUAAAUUUUUGCUUUUGGUAAACACUCUCUGUUUCAUUAUCAAGAAUGAGGCUUCAAGGACAUAGUAAUUCUCUCUAUGUAAUCAGGACUGUCAAUGUUCAGUGCUUGAAGUAACCCAUGAUAUGGAAGAUGUAACCAGGGAAAGUGGUUGCUGGUGUAACUGGUGUUUAGUUUUUGUCUACCAGCGUAGGCCGUGAUCAAUUUAAGCAAUCGACAACAAUUUCCUUAGUGUACACUGACGUCCAAAUUUUCAAAUUUCAAGCGGAACCUCAACUAUGAGCCACAGCUGAAAUGUUAGACAGCAAAGUUUUGAACAUUUUGACGUCAUUUGUACGGUCGACCAGAGUAUAGACGAUGUAGCCUGAGUAUCAGGCCUUUCCAUCUUUCCCCUUUUCCCCAGAAACGCCUGAUACUCAAGCUAUAGACGAUGGAAAAUUGUUGUCGUUUUGUCUUUUCAAAAACGAAUUAAGUCAAUUUCCGUUGGACUAGUUUCUCGGAAAAUCGCGCGAGAGAGAUAAAGAAAACAAAUUGCGCCACCAUCAUAUAAUUUCCAUGGUUUGUAUUCUUUUCUACCAUAGCUCUCGACCAAAGAGCGUGCAAGAAAUUGCUCAGUUAUUAUAAACUACCCCAUGUAGAAAACGUAGCAGCUGUCUAGAUAAAGCUUUAGAAACUGGCCAGGGAUACAUACUUGUAUGUUAACAUUCGUUGGACCGUUUCUGCACCGUUCUGGUCUUUAACAUAGAACAAGGUCUGAUACUGAAAAUUAUUUCAGUCCGCCAGGUGACGCGACUAUCCCCCUAGCCCCUCCCUCUGCGUCAUUGCCUAUUGAUAGCUCCAGAUCACUGGACCCUAACACUGUUCCCAGGCCGGCUCUGACAAGGAAGGCUAAAGUACUCUAUGAUUAUGACGCGGCUGACAAGAAUGAGCUCUCUUUGCUUGCUGACGAGGUCAGUGUCACGGCUUAGUUGCUUCUGUUUUCUUGUAACUCGAACUUGUUGGUCACUUGGGGCGAGUGACUGAUGUGAUCACUAAGAACACUUUCUUGUUGUUUCGUAAUCAGGGUCUCUCUUCUUGCACGGCGGUUCAUUAAAAGAAUUUUAAUUUGUAUCCAUUUUCAACCCUCAGCUUUAACUUUACUUGUCCUCAAGACAUUUAACCCAUACAGACAUUUUGAGUUUUUGCUUGAGCAUCUUAAAACUAUAGUCUGACAAGACCGCCGAUGCUCAGAAGUUUCCUCACGGUACGACUAAUGACUGUCUUUUUUUCAUUUUCCAGGUAAUCACCGUUUACAGUG